UAGAAUCUUGGUUUUCUUCCCCCUUUUGGCCCCUUCUCUCUCUCUCUCUCUCUCUCCUGCUCUUUCUUCCCUGGAUCUUCAAACCCACCCAGUCUCUCCAAAAAUCAUUAAAAAAUCGAAACAAUCCUUUGAUUUCUGUGUUUCUUCAACACAUUUUUCUCAAAAUUACUCUUUUUAACCUUUUUUUUUGUGGAUUGAUCUGGUUAGAAACGGGUCUGAUUUGAUCACAUCGUGAGAGAUUGAUAAAGGGGGAAGAUCCUUUCGUCAUAUAAAAAAGUGGGUUUGCCUUUAAAAGGUCUGCAAAAGAAGCAAGGGAAGUGGGAGGUGGCAAGGACGGGGCACUAGAUGAGCGACAGCUGAUUAGUCUUGUACGUAUUUAUAAGCUGUCCGGUAGAGGGCUGAAUAAAAUAGGAAAGAGUUACCCAGUGGUGCAGCGGCUGGAAGAAGUUUAGUACAGGGUUAAUAGAAAAUCCUUAUUCUAAAUUACCUUGUCUUUCUUCUCUUCUUAAACCAAUUCCUAAGCGAAAGUGUUUUGUCUUACAUAUGCUUGUAUUGCCUUGCAAGUUUCCUUGAGGGCCUUCUACCUAUUUGUGCUUUAAAUUUCUUGUUUCUGGUGUUUAGCUACAAAAUAAGCAAAUAUGAUGUUCUAGCUUUGCCAUUUUACACAUAGAAGAUGGCGUUUCGUUCUGAGGAAGCACAAACGGAGGAUUACCUUUUCAAGAUUGUUUUGAUUGGUGAUUCAGCUGUUGGGAAAUCAAAUUUGCUUGCUAGAUUUGCUCGUGAUGAAUUCUAUCCCAACUCAAAAUCAACAAUAGGAGUAGAGUUCCAGACCCAAAAGCUGGACAUAAAUGGGAAGGAGGUCAAAGCACAGAUAUGGGACACAGCAGGCCAAGAACGGUUUAGGGCAGUAACUUCUGCAUAUUACAGAGGUGCAGUUGGAGCUCUUCUGGUUUAUGAUAUUAGUAGACGGCUAACUUUUGAAAAUAUUGGCCGAUGGCUUAAUGAACUUCAGACUCAUUCUGACAUGAACGUGGUUACGAUACUCGUUGGAAAUAAAUCUGAUCUCAAAGAUGCGAGGGAGGUGACAACAGCUGAAGGCAAAUCCUUAGCAGAGGCACAAGGUCUAUUCUUCAUAGAAACAUCAGCUUUGGAUUCUUCAAAUGUAGCUGUAGCUUUUCAAACAGUUGUUAAAGAGAUCUAUAAUAUCUUGAGCCGGAAAGUCAUGCAAUCGCAAGAACUUCAAAAAAAGGAUUCCGGGCGUCUGGCAAAUGGUAAAACUGUGGUUUUGCAGGCAGAUGAAAACCAAGAAGCAGAGACACAAGCGAAAAAAGGUUGGUGCUGUUCAUCAUAAUUCUUGUUAACAACAUCUUCUGGCCCUGUUGUAAUUCAUUUUCUGUUGUUGCUUUUGAAAUAUCAUGGGGGAAAAACAAACAAGUUAGAUUGAUUUCUGUGCUAUGGGAAAACAAACUUCCAUUAGAAA